AUGUCGAGGCUGCUGCUCUUCGUGCUGGUCGCGUUGGCUUCGUUUGCCGCCUUCACCGCUGCGAAUGACAACCUGCAUAUCCAGACUCGAGUUGAAGACAUGAUGUCGUCCAUGGACUUGGACGCGAUGCUGGGUCAGAUGGCUCAGCUAGAUGUGAGCACGAUCCUGCAUCCGAACCGCACGCUGAAUCGCGCUAUCGUGCACGAACACGCGCGGCUCAACGUCGGGUCGUACCUGAACACCCCCGGAGCUGAGCUGAACGACUCGAACGCCAACUCCACGCGCAACUUUUCCCCGCAAGAAUGGCGCGAGCUCAUCACGGAGAUCCAGGACAUCUACGCUUCACAUGGUAGCGACCCGAUCCUGUACGGUCUCGACUCGGUUCAUGGUGCAAACUACGUUCGUGGAGCGGUCCUCUUCGGUCAACAGCUCAACGCCGCAGCGACGUUCAACCAGGACUUAGUGUACGACAUGGGCCGCAUCACAGCGAGAGACACUGGAGCGGCAGGAAUUCCCUGGCUGUUUGCUCCCAUCCUUGAGAUCUCGCAGAAUCCGCUCUGGGCACGGACGUUCGAGACCUUCGGCGAAGACCCUCACUUGGUGUCCAUCAUGGCCGACGCCAUCGUACGCGGAAUCCAGAGCAACGGCACCACGGCAGCCUGUAUGAAGCACAUCAUCGCCUACUCCAAGACACCAUCGGGCCACGACCGCGCGGGGGUCACCGUCGGUGACUACGAGCUGCUCAACCACUUCGCGCCUUCGUUCAUGGCCGCCAUCAAAGCAGGUGCCAUUUCGGCCAUGGAGAGCUACAUCUCCAUCAACGGCAUGCCGGUCGUCGCCAACACGAAAAUCCUCCGGGACUUGGUGCGCCACGACAUGGGCUUCCAAGGCCUCAUCGUGACCGACUACGCCGAGAUCCACAACCUCCACGUUUGGCACCGCAUUGCCAAGACCGAUCAAGACGCGGUGCGGAUGGCGCUGACCAAUGCGCCGCUGGACAUGAGCAUGGUGCCGUACAACACGACCUUCAUCGACAUGGCUCGCGUGACCGUCGAGCAGAACCCGGCGCUGCUGGAUCGAGUGAAGGACUCCGUCCGUCGCAUCCUCACGACCAAGGUGAAGCUUGGUCUGUACGAGAACGCCUUACCUGGGACUGAGAACGAUAUCGCUCUGGUCGGGCAAAACGAGAGUCGCCAAGCUGCGCUGGAGCUGGCGCGUGAAUCCAUCGUCCUACUCAAGAACGAAGACGGACUUCUUCCUCUCAGCCCAGACAGCGAUGUGUUCCUGACGGGUCACGCUGCCGACAACGUGGGUCUGCUGUGUGGUGGAUGGUCUCUUCGUUGGCAAGGUGUGUCCGGCAACAGCCUCUUCCCGCACGGUGUCUCCCUCCGGCAAGGUAUCGCCAACGUGCUGAGCACGAGCUCCGGUUCAGUUCAGUACGCCAACACGCUUCACCCGAACGGCUCGUACUCGUCCGCUGCGCUUCAGACCAUCAAGAACAGAGCAGCACAGGCCGAGUACACGAUCGUCGCCAUUGGUGAAGGACAGUACGCAGAGAAACCUGGUGACCUGGACGACUUGAAUCUGCCUCGUGGUCAAGUCGACUAUGUCCGUGAAAUCGCAGCCACGGGGACGAAGGUGAUUCUCGUCCUAGCUGAAGGCCGCCCGCGUCUGCUUCAGGGCCUCGCUGAUGUCGCUCAUGCCGUGGUGUACGCGAUGCUACCUGGUGAGCUUGGUGGCCAGGCGCUGGCGGAGAUCCUCUUCGGACGCGUUAAUCCCAGUGGCCGACUCCCCAUCACGUACCCGAAGGCUUCAGGUAACAUCGGGAUCCCGUACAACCACCUCGUGAGUACGCGCUGCCGUGACGAAGGACCGUGCGAAAUGGAGUGGGAUUUCGGUCAUGGCUUGAGCUAUUCCGUGUUCGAGUACGGGAACGUGUCGUUGAGCAAGAGCUCCUUUUGCGAUAGCGACGAUGCCUCCCUUGGGGUGAGCGUGACCGUCACGAACAUCGGAGCGAUGGCAGGCAAGGAGACGGUGAUGCUCUUCCUCAUCCAGCCCUACCGCGCGAUCUCGGUGCCUGAAGUCAAACAACUCAAGAAGUUCUCCAAGAUCCACCUGCAGCCAGGAGAGAGCCGAGAGGUUUCUUUCACGCUCACGCGUGAGGACUGGGGCGUGUUUGACCCGCAGAUCGGCUCCGGAUUCCACUGUGUCGUCGAGCCUGGUAAGUACUUCAUUGCGGUGAAGCCCGAGACGGACUGCAACGUCUACGACGAGAGCGGCGCGAAGACGAGUGGCCAGUGUGCACAGUUCACGAUCCAAGACAACUAG